AACACCCUAGUCUUCAGGAAGGAGGGCAGCAAGGUAUGAAAGACCUUUAGCUCCAGCCAUUUCCCAAGACUGCCUCUCCUCCCUAGCUAACCUAAGGGGCAAAUGCAAACUAGGAGUACAACCAUCAAAAACACAACUAUUUCUAAGUUUCCGAAUUGUCCAUGCCCCCAAGGCAGCAAGUGAGUUGAGACCUUUUCCAGGAAGACUAGUGACCAUUCCUGAUAUUUGCUCCCACCAAAUCAUGAAAGAUGAAAGCCCUAGCUGAGGAGCCAGCCUUUGAAAACCAAAAGGUUUAAGGUAGUUAAACCAGAACACUCUUGUGAACACACAAGAGACAAGUGGAUAUGGUCAAUAGUUUCAGCUUACUGAUCACAUAAGAGACCUAGCUGGGUGAUCCAAACCUCUCUUAGCAAGCCUGUCAGCAGUCCAGCAUCUCUUAUUUGCCGCCAGCAAAAAGGAAAAACCGACACUUUGGAGGUGCCCAGGUUUUCCAUACCAGAUGGUAGUGACCAAAGGACGUUGAUCCAACAAAAAGACCAUCAUAAGCCGACUUAGCCGAAUAAUUGUCAUUUGCUGCAAUAUUGAAUACAUGCUUAUCUUCCACUUCAGGCUGCAACACUAUUUCUGAUAGAAUCUCCCGAAGGUUCAAGUAUUCCACUAUAACUCCAACAGACAAGGCACCCUUUAUAUCAGAUAUCUAGUUUCUGUUGGAAAGAGCCUCGAGGACAGUUCUCCUAUUAGCAAUCCUUUUGGGAAUGAUGGUGAAUAACCUAAGCGCUAGAUUGCACACAUUCUGACCCAAGAGCCAUUUAUCUGUCCAGAACAGAGUGUGUGCUCCAUUUCCCACUUCUGAGACCAAAACAGUGGAGAUGAAAGAUCCUGCCUUUUUAGGAACUUGUAUAGGGAGGUUUGCCCAAGGCCUGCCUGGAUCAAUUUUAUGUAGCCACAACCAUCUCAUACGGAGAACCCAGCAUAAUUCCUUCAAACUAGAAAUUCCCAAACCUCCCAGAUGGAGGGGUCUGCACAGCCUCCCCCAGGCAACCAGACAGUGUCCUCCCUUGACCUCCUUGCGAUCUUGCCAAAGAAAACCCUUUCUAAUCUUAUCAACUGCCUCUAAUGCCCAAGGAGGAAAAUAAAUGGCCAAGUACCCAAGGCACCUUAUGCUGUAGGGAACUGCCCAAGGAUUAAUGCAUCCAAUUAAGAAACCGAUUUCACUUUUGUGUUCCUGACAUUUUAUAAACAAAACUAGAUCUCACUUGUUAUAUGAACUAUUUUUAUUUUUGCUUCUUUCUUACCCAGCCAACCAAUCAAAAUUUGCAUUGGACCUAGCAGAACAAAGAAACGAAACUAAUCAAACAAGUCUGGUCCAUUGCAUACAUUCCCAACUCAGCUUGGCUCCAAAUUUCAUACAGGCUCAGUUGGGCCACCUAAACCAAUCAUGAUCUAUAAGUUUGAGGGCAAUGCGGGGCAAGGUUUGGGGUAGCCGACUCAAUCCUUCCAAAGCACUAAAAGGCAGAUAGAGGUUAGGGCUUCAACCCACCCUUGAUUUACCACUUGUACAGCGGGCCCCUCGUGCCCUGGGGCGAUAAGAAGGCUAGAGUGCUCGGAGCAGUCCGUCCCUCGAGCACUAACAACACUUAUACUCUCGGAGCCUUCUGUUAGCCCCGGGGUCCCUAAAAGUCCCCAAUCUCAUAUCGCGAAAUCGGUCAGGCCCAUACCCUUCAGGGCUUGAAGCCCCAUGAGAGCAAGGGACUUGACACGGCCAAGUACAAUCUUGUCGUGAAGACCAAAAGAUGUGACUGAGCCCACUAAGAAUGGUAUGACCCCAAACAAGGGGCCCCACAUCUAAAGGCAUACAGACUGCUCCUUAGUGUUAGCUUAAUGGAUAAGACUUAGGUACAACACACUAAAUGUGUGAUGGAUGACAUUAUAGACCUAAUAAGCGUGUUGAUGCCAUGACUUAGGCUUCAGGGUACUCAAAGCCACUAUAUGGUACAUGUAUUGAUCAUGUUGCUACAUGUGUGCAUGCCUUGUAUACCAUGAAAUAUAAUGAAGUACAAAAGGCUACACCGGCUACCAACCACAAUGUACUGAACGGCAUGGGCCUCGUUGCCCGUAGAUGCGACAUAUCAUCCCUACCCCUCGACGAGUAUGGCAACCGCCUAGAAAAGGAUACAUCUGGCAUUAUGCCACAAGUAGGGGGGGUGGGCCCUGGUACGACUCCAAGAAAAGGAUAAGAAUGGAGUAAUUUGGUGUUAGGCAAUGGAAUCUGAUAUUCAUGUAACAUCUCCUCCCUUACACUAUAAAAGAGAGGGAUUCAGAUCGAUCCUAAGUCAGGCUCUUGAAAACAGGCAAUGGAUAGCACAUAUCAAACCCCCCCCCCCUUUCCUUGAUUGGAAUUCAACAUUUUCUUCUCUUAUGGGAUACUUUAGGGGAGGUGCAGCUUUCUCAGGAGGAAGACCGCCAUGUUUGGAGGCACGAGGCAUCAGGGUUGUUCUCUUCUAAAUCCUGCUACAAAGUCCUUCUCUUCGGUUCUACUGUUUUUGAGCCUUGGAAGAGAUUAUGGAAGACCUGGGCUCCUCCUAAAUGCAAGUUCUUCCUUUGGUUGGCAAUAAGGAACAAAUGUUGGACAGCCGACAGAUUACAGUUGAGGGGAAUGCCACACCCAGAUGUUUGCCCAAUGUGUGAUCAAGCCCAAGAGACAAUUCAGCACCUCCUUACUGCGUGCAUUUUUGCCCGACAAUUUUGGCACACAAUUCUUGCUGCUAUUGGCUUGGGGCACCUCACUCCGACAACUGAUGAGGAGAAUUUUGCAAACUGGUGGGGAAAGGCAAGCCUUAGGGUUGUCAAGACCAGAAAAAAGGGGCUUAACUCUCUGAUCAUCCUGGGGCUUGGUGUCUAUGGCUUCAGAGAAACAGAGCAGUGUUCCAUGGGGAGUCUCCUUCAUUACCCAGGAUUUUUAGGUGUUUCUCGGAUGAGUACGCUUGCUGGGUAAUAGCAGGAGCUAAGGAGUUUGGGAGCUUGGGCUUAGUUGCUGCCCUGGGCGAGGUCGGGUCAAGUUUCAGCACCAAUCUGUAAUAACCUUCGGGUUUAUGAGGGUUUUUGGGAGAGUUGCUCAACAACAUCUCCUCUAUUGUAAUGUUUUCUUUUCCUCUAAUAUAUAAGAUGCGCAGUUCUCUUGCGCGUUCUAUAAAAAAAAGAUCGAUCCUAAGUCAAUAAAAGUUCCUCUACAAGUGGCAGGCAUAAAAGGGGGUUAGGAUCAGUAGGCUAGAACUACCACAACUAAGAGGUGAGAGGGAGCUAGAAGGUCUUGAUUUCCACUGGUGUUUGAGCUUAUAAUCUUUUUAUCCUUUGUGUUCAUCAAUCGGUGAGUACCAAGAGGACAUGGGGUAUUACGCUACUAUAGUCAGAACCUCUUUAACUGACCACGUGUUAGCUCACUCGUGCCCAGGAUCAACACAACCAUCGACUUGUGUCGUGCUCCCCCCUAAUUCUUUCUCUUUCUGAUACCCAACCUAGGUACCCUGGUGUUGUUGCGUAACAACAUUUGGCGUGCUAGGUAGGGAGCGAUGUUUUUCCUUUCGAGUCUGUCGUGUUUUUUGUGUAGCACGACCAUAGUAACCCAGCACAUUCACUAGUUCGAGCAGUUGUAUCUGACAUUUGCUCCAGCCUCUAGCAACUCGUACCGUGAGCCAUACCGGAAGAGGUGUCGAAAUCUCACACUGUCCUCACCAUUCCGCCCACCAAAUGUGCCUCGGUGGGUCUACAUAGUGUUGCCCCCUAGGGCAGGCCUCGGCUCGCGUCUCGGCUAGGGUGCACAGUGCCUUGGGGCGCUAUGUCGCAUGCCCUCACGACCGUGGAGGAGAGUGACCGCUCUACACAUGUCACUCACCCAACCUUGCGUCGCAACCAAGGGGAAGCAACCUCCAAGCAUGGCUCCUCCCUGCAUUGGUCAACUCAACGGGCUCAUCGAUGCCUUGACUUUGGUGUCAAUGAUGUCUUCAGAGCCCUCUUGACGCCAUGGAGGCUCCUCCGCAACCCAUCAGCCCCGGAUGCCAAUGAAGCAGUUGUUGUGCAGUGGCGACAAGACGCCGCUAGGUUCAUAACUGCAGUCAAGGUCAACCAAGAGAAGGUUGUAACAAACUGGAGUGUGCCUUCUACGUGCUCCCGGGCCCCAAUCGUGGUCUCUGUGGCUCUGGUCGCCGUCUUGACAUCAGCAUCGAGCACCAUGCCAACCACAGGAACAGCGCCACGAAGCAUAGGGCAUGCCCUAGGGUCUACACAAUGAAGGCAUGGACACCCAACCAUAGUUCCUUGCCCCUUGUUGUGCCCCCUGCGUGCACGCACGUUGGCCACAGGAAUCACUCGUUCGGGGCCAGGUGCAUGGCCCUCGCCCCCACGCUUCGCUAGGUGGCUUAGCAGAAAAAAAUGCACCCCUAUAUCCUAGAGAAGUACAAUGGGAUGAUCAAUCUCACCGAGUUCCUUCAGAUCUAUGCCACUACUUUUCUCGACAUCAGGGGCGACAAAAAGGUUAUGGCGAAUUAUUUCUAUGUGGCUCUAACUAGCUCGGCUCAAUCAUGGCUCAUAAACCUCUCCAAGGCCUCCAUAUGGUGUUGUGAAGAGCUCUAUCGACAGUUCAUGUCCAACUUUGAGGGAACCUACUCCCAGCCUAGCGCAAUCUAACCUCCACACCAACAACCUGGUGAGUCCAUCCUCACCUUUGUGCAGCGUUUUUGCGUCCGAAACACCAAUCCCGGCAUCUCGGUCGCCUCUGUCAUUGUUGCCUUCCGACAGGGCAUACGUGACGAGAAGAUGCUCGAGAAGCUAGCCACCCGCAAUAUCUAGGGCGUCAAAGAGUUGCUCUCUCUGGCAGACAAGUGUGCACGAACCGCUAUGGGUAAAGCGUGGCACGCUCCCCGUGACACGCAGUCAGGACUGCAGGGGUCAAAAACCUCCCAAACCAAGCCCCGAAAGAAGGGCAAGGUAUUAGGGUCCCCCAAGUUUGUGCUACCACAGAGGGCAACAACGACCCAACCUCCCGGGCAAAGACUAUCCCCACCUGACACAGAUCUACCACUCAUGACCUAGCUGAGUGUAGGACAGUCAAGGAUCUAGUCGAGCAUUUCCAACUCUAUGACCAAAAAUGCCCCAAUCAAAGGCGCCUGAAGCAACGACGCCCCCAAACUGCAGCAACAAAAGCAGGCUUGGGACCCAAAAGAAAAGGAAAGGCCAGAAGCCCAAGAUUGCUUGGACCACAUCCUCUGAGGAGAAUGACAUUGACAUGGAAUUUCAAGACCCAAAGCGGAUGGUGGAUGUCAUCCAAGGAGCCAUCGAGAAGUUGAUUUCCCAGCGAGACCUGCAGCUCAUGCAACAAGACAUGCACAUUGUUGUCCCACAGCACCACUCCAUCAGGCCGCUCAAGUGGGCCAAUAACCUGAUCUUCUUCGAUUUCUCUGACUGCCCAAUAACAUGGCAAGCACAAGAAUUCUUCCUCUUGUCGUCUACCCCACCAUCAACGACAUCAAGCUUAGGCAUGUCCUGGUUGAUGAUGGGGCUGGCCUCAACGUCUUGUGAUGUAUGCCUCAACAAGAUGCACAUCACGCAAGCAGAACCCACCAAAACACGCCCAUUCUUCACCUUAGACACCUCGGGGUGAUAAGAAGGCUAUGAGUGCUCGAGGUAAUUCUUCCCUCGAGCACUAACAUCACAUAGACACUUAAGGCCCUCUACCGGUCGUGAGGUCCCUAAGAGUCUUCGAACUCAUGUCGUGAGAGCGGCCAAGCUCCAGACAUUUGGGACCUAGAGCCCCAUGGGAGUAAAGAACUUGGCACAACUAAGUAUAAUCAUGUCACAAAAACAGAAGGAUGUGACUAGACCCACCAAGGAUGGUACAGCCCUAGGAAAGGGGUCCCAUAUCUAAAGGCCUGCACGCUACUCCUUAGUGUUAGCUUCAUGAAUAGGACUAAGGUACAACAAAUUAAAUGUGUGAUGGGCAACAUUACAGGUCUGACGAGCAUGUUGUUGACACGAAUUAGGUUGCAGGGUACUUAAAACUACUAUACAGUAUGUGCACUGAUCCUAUAGCCACACGUGCACACGCGUGGUGUACCAUAAAAUAUAAUUGUACAAAAGGCUACAUCUACUACCAACUACAUUGUACUGAACAGCACAGACCCUGAUGUUCGUAGAUGUGACGUAUCAUACCUGCCCCUGUGGCAGGUAUGGCUACCGCCUGGAAAAGGAUAUCUCUAACACUGGUAGUCUAGGAAAGGAUACCUCUAACACUGCGACACUAUGCCAUGAACAGGGAAUUGGCCCUAGUACAACUUCACGGACAGGAUAAGAACAGAGUAGUUGGGUUUUAGCCAGUGAGAUCUGAGGUUCAUGUUAUAUCUCUCCUCCCUUGCACUAUAAAAAGGAGUGGUUGAGUAACGUUUUAAGGCGUCCAUUCGAUUGGAUUCAGACUGAUUCCAAGCCAAUAGAAUUUCCUCUACAAAGGGCAAGCAUAAAGGGGGGUUAGGAUCAGUAGGCUAGAACUCCCACAACCAAGAGAUGAGAGGGAGCUAGGUCUUGAUGCUCACUGGUGUUCAAGCUCGUAAUAUUUUCCUUCUUUAUGUUUAUCAAUCGAUGAGUAGCAAAAGAACAUAGGAUAUGUUGUUAGAAUUAGAACAUUUGUAAUGGACUUUUGUGCAUAAUGCAGAUAUAAAGCGUGUGGGUGUGUGCUGGUGAGGCAACACACAGAAAAGUAAACAUGGUAUCGAGCUAGGGUUUGCCUCUCCGCCGCGCGCCGCCUCCCGUCCGCGACUGUGCUGGUGCUGGACGGCGCUGUUGUGCUGCCGCUCGCGCAGAGGCUCUUCGCUGCCACGCUUGGGUCUGCCUCCUGCUCCGUCCUCCUCCCUCUCUCGGUGCCUCUAUGGCCGCCGCCAGCCACCAUCGUCUCCUCCCUGGCGGCGUCCAAAUCUGAAGGCCGGGCGAAGUCUGCAGGGAGGCCGAAGCUGAGCUCGAGGCUGCUAUCCUGGGCCGCCUCUUCGUCUCCACGCUCGGCUGCGGCAGCCGCCAGCUCCGUACCCGGCACGCUGCAACCCAACAGCCCUGCGUGAGCACUCAGCUCCUGUCCAUCGGCUGCCCCGAGCUCGUCUGGUGGACCCGGAGGGCGAGGACGUCAGGCGGGUUCUCCCUGGUGCAGCCCUGCAGUGUGCGUUCAGGUAGCGGUGGAAGAGGAAGUGCUGCUGCAGGGAGAGGGUGCUGCUGCUACGUCUAGUGGAGGUGGUGUUGCUGCAGAGGUUGAAGGUACUACUGAUAGAGAGAAGGGAAGGAAGCCUGGUUCGUUUUAGUGUUUGUGGGCAUUAAUGAUGAUGAGUCCAGAGGAGACUGAAGCAAAAAGGUUGGAAGAAGAGGCUAAAAAAAGAGCAAUGAUUCGUGGUGACAAGGAAGAAGAGGAUCCACUAAUCACAAAAAGUGAGAUGAGAAAUGAGAUGAGGAGUAUGAUUCAGGAACUCAUGGGGUUAGGUAUGAUUGGCCCCAAGACUUUGCCUAUAUCAUCUGAAUUAAAAUUGUUAGCAUCCAUGUCUUCGUCUGUGAGUAAGAUGGUUGAAGCCAUGCGCACUGCUGCACAAAUUUGGAAGACCUUGAGCAAUAUGUAUUCAAGAAAGGGGAAUGUGAUGAUGAUGAUGGAGAUCCAAAGUAAGGCAGAUGCAGUGAAACAGACAGGGAGACCAGUGGAACAAUAUGCUGGUGAACUUCAGUAUUUGUGGGGAGAACUAGAUCACUACGCUCCUCUGCAAAUGGUUUGUCCUCAGGAUGCACAAGUUGUCCACAAGUGGGUAGAGGACAGGAGAGUGACUCACUUUCUAAAGAAUCUGGAUCCAGAUUUUGAGAGCAGGAGAGCUGCCUUUUGUCACCAAGAGAGUCUUCCUACCAUGGAUGAGGUUGUGUCAGCAAUGAUUAAUGAGGAAAGCAGGCUCCGGGUAAUGACAGCUAAUGAUUCUGUGAAAUCAGCCUACACUGCAACUGAUGAUAGAGACUGCUAUAAUUGUGGUGAGAAGGGACACUUGAGCUACAAUUGUCCUCAUCCUCGUGGCAGUGGUGAACGAGGUGGUGGAACUCGUGGAGCCACUCGUAGUACCUAUGGAAGAGGUCGUGGUGGCUAUGGAAGGGGGCGUGGUGGCCGUGCCAGGGGUAGAGGUCGUGGUGCCCCUCGUGUUAAUGUUGUGGUCACUGAAGACACCCCCUCAAUCACCCUGACUGGGGAACAAGCUAAGCGGUGGGAAGAAUGGCAUAAGGAAAAAGAAUCUGAGUGCCCAACUAGCACUCCUCUUGGUUCUGUGGCAACUACAUCCACCCAGCACUUCGGUAACUUUGCCAACUACGCCCAUUCGGGCGCAGGAGAAGAGAACUGGGAAGAGGAUUGGGACUGGAGUCAGGCGUAAUGGGCUAUGGUUCAUCAGUCAAGAGGAGCAAGCUUUGUCAGCAAC